AUGGCCUCUGUCAAGGAGGUGCAGAGCCGUCUGGUGGAUGCAGUGGCCGACAUCAAAGAGCGCGUCCACACCAAGCUAGGCGCGGAGGGGGCAGACAAGGACGAGGCACUCCUGGACUUUGCUGAAGCCGUGGCAAAGCAGACGACGAGCCUGAUGCACAAAUCAACAGCAGAGAGCGGAGGUAGUAUCUUUGCGAUCCGCAAGGCAUUUCGGUCCGAGUCGCGGAGUCUGGCGUACUACCUGGGCAUGACGAGCGAGCGCAACUACACCAUGGCCCACGACCGCUUCUAUGCUCUGUACGGGAUCAUGCCAGCCGCACAGUCCGUCUCCCCAGUCGACUACGACAAACCACUCCGCCAGGUUGUCCUUGAGCUCACCUCGUACGUGAUCAACGUCGAGCACAACAUCAAUCUCUACUUCAGCUUUGGCCUGCGGCCGAACCACCUGAGUGACAAUAAUGAGGAAUUCCCCAGCUGGAUUCCGGACUUCUCACGAGGGAGCGACUUGCACAAUCCCGACCGCUACAUAACAGAUGAGCGGGUGGUCAGACGCCUCUGUCACAACGCCUUUGAAGGCGCACCACAGCCUGUCGUGGACGACCUCAUCACGCUGCGGACCAACGGGUUCGCGGCUGGCACGGUCACGCAGACCAGCACGCUCCCCACGACGCAGCAGGGAAUAUUCGCCGAGCUGCAGGCCCUGCUCUCGGGAUCGACGUACGCCGCCGCCUCUGCCGCGGGACAGCUGGGCGCGGAGUCGACUCUAGCCGAGCGAUGGGCGGCUGCGGCGUCAAGCCGCAUGGGCCAGUGGCUCGGGGAGGCUGUCGGGCGCGACCAGGUCAACUCGAACAUAGUGCAGACGGUGGAGAGCAUCCACAGCCAGUUCGCGGCCGGGGGGCGGCCGCACUGCACCCUGCCGUGGACCCCGCUGCGCCUUGAGCGGGAGUUUGCAGGCCUGGCGGGCAGGACGACCUUUAUCACGGAUAGUGGUCUCUUGGGUCUCGGAGUCGCGCAGAUCGAGAAGGGUGAUGUCGUGGCCAUCCUGCACAAGGAGAACGUAGCGAUUCUCCUGCGUCCGGUAACACAGAGAGCCGGUGAGCAGGGCGGAGAGGCCACGUGUUACAAAAUGGUAGGCACGGCCUAUGUUAGUGGUCUUAUUGAUAACGAAUGGCUUGACGAGGGUCUCGUUGUCUCUAUCAGCAAGAAAACUCCGUCGGCGUUUAUCAUUAUAUGA